UUUGUCUUGCGGAUAAAAUAAUAAGCACCCAAAAGCCCUAAAUUCUCCACGCGAAACCCUAGACGUCGGCGCCGUGCGUAGCUUCGGUAUCCACCGCCUUGUUCAGCCCUUGUUCGCAUCGCUCGCGGGGAUGGAGCACAACGAGCAAGCUGACGCGCCGCCCUUCUCACACGCCCCGCUGCCUGCCGAACAGGAUGACGGCGCAGCCGACGACUGGACGCGCGACGACGCGGACUCGAUGGCCGUGGACUCCUAUCACUCAGGCGCCCUAGCGGAGCAUGCUGCUGAGGCCGUGGAUGCUGCUCCUCCCGCGCCAUCGGCAGAAGUCGUGAAAGAAGUUCAGUCAUCAUUUCAGUCCUUGGAGUUGAAGCCUAGCGGUAUGUAUGAGACCAUCGUCAGCAGCACUAACUUUUAUACCAAUCCAGCUGGUACUCAUGAGGAUGCUCAAAUGGUAGUAGAUGAGGAAGAAGAAACAAAGCGUCAUUUGAAUGUCGUUUUCAUUGGCCAUGUUGAUGCUGGAAAAUCAACUGCUGGAGGGCAAAUAUUGUUCUUGAGUGGUCAAGUCGAUGACCGAACCAUCCAGAAAUAUGAGAAGGAAGCAAAAGAUAAAAGCCGAGAAAGCUGGUAUAUGGCUUACAUUAUGGACACAAAUGAGGAAGAGCGACUUAAGGGCAAAACUGUCGAAGUUGGUAGAGCCCACUUUGAGACUGAAAAUACAAGAUUCACUAUUUUGGAUGCACCGGGUCAUAAAAGUUAUGUUCCAAAUAUGAUAAGUGGUGCAUCUCAAGCUGACAUUGGCGUCCUGGUCAUAUCUGCUCGAAAAGGUGAAUUUGAAACUGGUUACGAAAGAGGAGGGCAGACUCGUGAACAUGUUCUGCUCGCAAAAACUCUAGGUGUUGCUAAGUUGAUAGUUGUCAUCAACAAGAUGGAUGAACCUACUGUACAAUGGUCUAAAGAAAGGUAUGAUGAAAUUGAAGGAAAAAUGGUUCCUUUUCUCAAAUCUUCGGGGUACAAUGUUAAGAAAGAUGUCCAGUUCUUACCAAUAUCUGGCCUUUGUGGAACCAAUAUGAAGACCAGGAUGGAUAAAAGCAUUUGUAGUUGGUGGGAUGGUCCUUGCCUUUUUGAAGUUUUGGACCAUAUCGAAGUUCCGUUGCGUGACCCCAACGGUCCAGUAAGGAUGCCAAUAAUUGACAAAUACAAAGAUAUGGGCACUAUUGUAAUGGGGAAAUUAGAGUCGGGGACUAUCAGAGAGGGUGACAGCUUGUUUGUUAUGCCAAACAAGUCCAAUGUGAAAGUCAUAGGUAUAAGCUUGGAUGAGAAGAAAGUACGUCGUGCUGGACCUGCUGAGAAUGUCCGUGUCAAAUUAUCAGGAAUUGAAGAAGAGGAUAUUAUGGCUGGUUUUGUACUUUCAAGCAUUGCUAAUCAUGUUGGUGCUUUCACUGAAUUUAAUGCUCAGUUGCAGAUUCUAGAGUUGCUUGAUAAUGCUAUUUUCACUGCUGGCUACAAGGCAGUGUUACAUAUCCACUCUGUUGUUGAGGAGUGUGAGAUUGUUGAUCUCAUAGAGGAGGUUGACAUGAAGAAAAAGAAUGAAAUUGAUCCAAAGAAAAAGAAGCCAGGGAGGAAGCCACUUUUUGUGAAGAAUGGUGCGGUUGUAGUUUGCCGCAUUCAGGUGAAUAAUUUGAUAUGCAUAGAGAAAUUCUCUGAUUUUCCUCAGCUUGGAAGGUUUACUCUCCGAACAGAAGGAAAGACAGUAGCUGUAGGAAAGGUUGUCGAUGUUCCUCCUAUCGGCAGCACAAAGUUUUCAGCUUGAGCUAAUUUUGGAUAGAAUGGCGGGAAAAAUGAAGCGGCGCUGUCUCAUGAAAUGUUUAUGGAAGAAGUGAGAUUAGUUGUUGAACCUCCAUCAAUCACAUAGGCAUAACAGUAUUACUAAAAUAAGGUGCAUAAUUUGUAGCUUUGGUCACAUGUUUGUGAGUUUGUAAAAUCAGGAUGGAUAUGUCUCAACCGUGCAAUCUUAUACCAAUAUUACAAAGGAUGUCGUUAGGUCAUCCUCACUUGUUCUCUAUGUACUGUAUUAUACUUGAGUUUCUUUGCGAAUGGGGCUUGUCUUCGAACA